AUGGCGCAAGGUCCCUCAUGCGCAUCGGAGCUCCACUAUUACCGAGCUUUGGAUCAUGCUAAUGCUGGUUUUGCGACAGGGACUUACCACCUCAAAGAUGACUUGCACCUCGCAACCCCUCCUCCACAUCCUUCCGAGGCCCCCGUCGUAAACCCCAACCCUCUUGCGACUGUCCCAACGCCCCCAACAUCUGGCGUCAAGCUGUCGCUGGUUAGUGUUGGCCAAAGAAACAAGCUCCCUGUGUUUACGUCGAAAGAGAAAGUAACUGCGCCGCCAUUCGCAGAUGGCAACCCUGCUUUAGCGGCCAUCCCUACGAAGGAUGGCUUGAAAAGACGGAAGCCCAAGAACAACAUCAUAAAGAGCAGUUCGUCAUUUGUCUCACGGGUCAUCACUCAUGAAGCUUCUUCUAAACGACUCAAUGAUCGGAAUCCUGACGGUCUGUUCGCCUUCGCUAAUAUCAAUCGGGCAUUCCAGUGGUUGGAUCUUAGCUCAAAAAACAAAGAGGAACCGCUGGCGAAAAUCCUCUUCACUAAAGCGCACAUGUUGACACAUGAUAUCAAUGAGCUAACAAAAAGCUCUUCUCAUAUCGACAUUGCUAUGGGCUCGUCGGCUGGCGACAUAAUCUGGUACGAGCCUAUCUCCCAGAAGUAUGCACGGAUCAACAAGAAUGGAGUUGUCAGCAAUUCUCCAGUAACUCAUAUCAAAUGGAUUCCUGGAUCCGAGAAUAUGUUCAUGGCUGCGCAUGCAAAUGGACAAUUGGUCGUGUACGAUAAGGAGAAGGAAGAUGCGCUUUUCACGCCUGAAAUUAGCAAUCAUUCGGCGGAGGCGAUGAAAGCAUCUAGUCGACUACCGUUACAGGUGCUGAAAUCAGUAAACUCCAGGAACCAGAAGACCAACCCGGUUGCGUUAUGGAAACUUGCCAAUCAGAAGAUCUCCCAAUUCGCCUUCUCUCCCGAUCAAAGGCAUCUGGCUGUGGUUCUAGAGGAUGGAUCGCUACGCGUGAUGGACUAUCUUAAAGAAGAGGUCCUAGACAUUUUCCGUAGUUACUAUGGAGGCUUGAUAUGCGUUUGCUGGUCACCUGACGGCAAAUACAUUGUGACAGGUGGCCAAGAUGACCUUGUUACGAUAUGGUCAUUUCCAGAGCGCAAGAUCGUUGCACGAUGCCAAGGGCACAAUUCCUGGGUCUCUACCGUUGCAUUCGACCCAUGGCGCUGUGACGAGAGGACAUACCGGUUCGGGAGUGUUGGGGAUGAUUGCAGGCUGCUACUGUGGGAUUUCAGUGUAGGCAUGCUGCAUCGCCCUAGAGCUCAUCAAGCUAGUGCCCGGCAGCGCACCAGCAUGAUUGCAAGCAAUACACAGCACUUCAAUCGCCACAGAGCCGACAGCGCAAGCAACCGGAUGAGGUCGGAUUCUCAGCGAACUGCAGACACCUACAACGAUUAUGACUCUGCUGUCCGUCAUCCGGUAGAACCUAGGGCUCGGACAGCGUUAUUACCACCUAUAAUGUCAAAAAUCGUCGGGGAUGAUCCUAUUUGCUGGUUAGGGUUCCAAGAAGACUCGAUCAUGACUUCUUCUCUUGAAGGUCACAUUCGCACCUGGGAUCGCCCUCGAGAAGGCAUCAAUGAUAGUUACAAUGGUAACACCUCGUCGCCCGCGAUCAGCACCAGUGCCGCCGGGUCUGGGUCGGGCAUAGCAGACUCGGCCAUGGGCUCAUUGUAG